AUGACUACAAACAAACAUGUUAAAGAAAUGUUUGCAAAUAUCCUUGGAAGAAGAGGAAGAAAAAUAUUUUUUGAACCAUCUACAAUUAUUCAUAUACAUAAAAAAAAACAUUAUCAUGAUAUUAAAGAUAAAUCAAAAUAUAAAAAAGAUGAUUCACAAUUAAUAAAAAUGGCACAAAUACCACAGUUACCUGAUAUAAUUUGGUAUAAAAUAUUAAUAAAUAUUAGUGAUCCUUAUGAUUUAAUAAAAAUGAGAAAAGUUUCAAAAAUAUUUAAAACUAUUAUUGAUAAUUAUAUGCAAAAAAGAUUAUAUUUAAAUGUUUUUAAAAUGGAUUUAAAUGAAGUUCUCCUUGAUACAGUUGACAAGGUUGAUUGUAAUAAUUUUUUAAAUCUUCCUGAAGAAAAUAUUCGUGAUGGUUAUUCAAAUGGUAAUUAUAAAAGGCAUAAAAAAUGUCAAAUAUUAUUAUCAAUUACUUCAAGGAAUGUUGUUAUUGUUGUUGAUGAGAGAUGGACAAAUAAAGAUGUACAAUGUAUUUGGAAUGCAUUAAAAUAUUUUUCCAGAUUUUCUCAUACAAUAAAUCUUGAUUGUCAAAUAUUUGAAUUGUUAUCGGUUGCUUUAUCACCUAUGAAAUUAUCUCGUUGGUAUACAUUUGAAUGUUAUCUAGGUUCAAUUGGUUUACCUGAUGCAGAUGGAUAUCAUAUGAAACCAUCCAGCCAUAAUUGUGGUAAAACAUUCACAAGUUGUGCUGCAAUAACAGGAAAUCAUAAAAAUAUUAAUAAUCAUCUAGAUCCACAUUUAUAUGUUAAUUUAGAUGAUACAUAUGAUUCAGAUUUUUCAUUAUUUGAAAAAUGUAAAGAAUUAACAAUAAGAACAACACCAUAUGACAUGGGACAUUUAUCAAGAAUACCAGAUUAUCAUGUUCAUUUUAGUAAUAUAUUUAAUCCAGAAACUAUUGAAAUUGUAAGAAUUAACCUAGUAAAUAUUCAUGAAAAAUUACCCUUAAAAUCAAAAAAAGUCAAAGAUCAUCUUAAUAUUUUUAAAAAAUGGAUUGAAGCUAACAAAUUAGGAGAAAAAUUUGUCAUUCAACGAAACGAUUAA